AUGAAAAAAAAAGAUAUUGUUUUAUGUAACAAACACGGUUUUAAAGCACGAUUAUUGUAUGUACUUUUUCCAGGAAAUGUGUGGACAUACAGAGGGUCGGAAGGUCCUGACAACUGGCACUUGGGCUACCCUCACUGCGGCGGUGUGAAGCAGUCACCCAUCGACGUGCAGACAGGGGAUGUGGUGGUGGACCCCAACCACCUGGUACCCAUUGUUUUCUCCGGCUACGACAAUGUUGCCAACACUAACUACACGCUCGGGAACAACGGACACACAGUUCAAGUGGACCUGAAUGAUCAGAGUAUGAUGAUCAGCGAGGGCGGCCUGGAAGGCACGUACGUCGCCGCGCAAUUGCACUUUCAUUGGGGCGCCGACAAUACGCGCGGAUCCGAGCAUGCCAUCAACGGCCGCCACUAUCCAAUGGAGAUGCACAUCGUCCACUACAACCGGAAGUACGGGAACUUUACGGCCGCUUUGAAACGCGAGGACGGCCUCGCAGUGCUGGGUUUCUUUUUCGAGAUUGGAAGAUAUAACGAGCACUUUAACGAAAUAAUUAGCCACUUCAAUGACAUAAAAUACAGAGACCAGCACGUGCCGAUCGAAUCGAUCCCUCUGAUUGAGCUGAUCCCGGCGCGUCUGUCCAACUACUUCCAGUACCUGGGAUCUCUGACAACGCCUCCCUGCUACGAGAGCGUCACAUGGACGCUCUUCAACGAAACCAUAGAGAUUGCCGAAGAACAGCUGGAGAAAUUCCGGACGACGAUUUUCGAGAAUAUCGAGGACGAGGGCGGGGUAUCAAUGGACAUAUCAGACGACUUCCGGCCCGUGCAGUGCCUCUACCGGCGUCGCGUGCACGCCAGCCACCAAUCACUCCGCUACGACACAGGCCCGACCGCUGCCGCCUUCCAGGAUGACGACCCUUCUGCCGCUAACGUCGUUACAAGCGUUGCAUCGAUUGUUCUAUUCAUUAUGGCGUUAAUGAACAUUGGUCUGUAA